GCAUGUUUUUAAGUAUUUUGAGGGGUUUAAUCAGUAAAUUUCCACUGUCAUAUCAGGUGUAUACAAACUACUUAACAUUGUAGAAAAGUUUCGGUCCGACACUGUGUUGCCAAAAGCAUUCCUUUACCUGCUUUGACUCAGAUAUGAAUUUAAGUGACAUCUUAUUUCCACAAAAAAAUAAAAACUCUUUAUAGCUAUAACAGCUGUAUUUUUAUUCUACAAUUCUUCCAGAAGUUCAUUUGUGAAGUCAGGCUCUGAUCUGGGACAAGAAGGCCUGGCUCUCAUUCAUACUGAAGGUGUUCCGUCAGGUUGGGGUCAGGACUAUAUGUAAUUUUUAUGAUUAUUAUCUAUCCUGCUUUGUUCAACUGGUGCACAGUAGGGGUUGAACAGCUAAAUCUUUUUCUCGUGGUCAAAGUCGAUUGGCAGAGCAUCGCUGGUGAUGAAAUCCAAGCAUCUGGUGAUGUUUAUUUGUUCCAGACUGCAAAGGAUUUGAAACCGAGCGCCGUUACUGUAUUUAAAAAGUAAAAUGUCUGAUUUCUGGUGGUUAAUUUGUCUUCUGACUUUAGUCUGGAGUGAAACCACAUCUUGCGUGUUUUAUUUUAAAUCCAGUGUGGUGGUGUUUUGGUGCAAAAAGAAGAGAAAUGUGUUGGAGUCUCAAGUUUUUGGAGACCUGACUGUCUUAUCUGUGCAUCCAUCCUCUCCUGGAGGUGCUGUCGGUUGUCCCCGCGUCCCUUCACCCCGAGCACCCCUCCCGGAGGAGCUGUUCGGACGGCGGGACCGAGAGGGAGCUCGAGUCUCUUCUCCAGCUGCCAUCCUGCUGCUGCUGCUGCUGCUGCUGCUGCUGCUGCCAGGCCUUCUGCUCCUCCCCCUCCUCCUCCUCCUCCACCGCCGCCACCUCCUCCUUCUCCACCACCGGAGCCCCUUCUUUCUCAUCACAUCCCGAGGUAAAUACGGCCAGAUUUAAAUUCAAACAAAUACACGGGCUCCAUCGCCACACCGCCGAGAGCGCCUCAUCGUGUACACCGGACGGCCUUGCGGACAAUCGCUCCCCAGCUCGGCCAGAAGUGGGGAAGCUCCCGGACGGACGGUGAUUUUGUGCUUUUGUACCUCCUCAACGUUGCCUCCGUAGCGGUCGAAUCGGAGUUACGCUUCCUCCUCCUCCUCCUCCUGCGAGAGAGAGACCCGGGGCACGCGAGGAGCCGUGGAGAUGCGACGCUGAAGGCCACCGCCGAACAAGCGAGCAUUUUAGAGAUGUGAGGAACGGGAAGUCCCUUGGUGAUAUCGAGCAGCAUUUUGACCCUCAUCUUCAGUAUGAAUGGUGAUAUGCCUCAUGUUCCCAUCACAACACUCGCUGGAAUCGCAAGCCUCACGGACCUGUUGAACCAACUUCCGCUGCCCUCACCUCUCCCCGCCACCACCGCCAAGAGUCUGCUCUACAAUGGACGGAUCUCCGAAGAGGUCAGCAGCCUGCUGGUGUGCCGUGACGACAACCUGGUGACUCAGCUGGCGCACGGCCUUAACCAGGUCUCCACGGAACACAUAGAGCUGAAGGACAACUUGGGGAAUGAUGAGCCAGAGGGUGACAUGCCAGUGCUCCUGCAAGCUCUGCUGGCCAGAAAUCCCAAAAUCUUCCGGGACAAAAGUGUUAUCCAGCAACCGGUGGUACAACAGUAUAAAAUUUCUCCAAACCAAGUGCACAGGAGUCCAGCACCAAAUUAUCAGCAGUCCCCAGUCACUCAAAGGCCUUCUGGAUGCUUCAGCUCGCCACAGUCCAGAUCCGGGGCUCGGUUCAUAUCACAGCAGCAGCAGCAUUCGAACAGCCCCAUCCCCAGUCCCUACACUCCUCAGAGUCCUGCUGAUUACAUGCAAUACAGUCCGCCGAGUUACUCUCAACACCAGCAGACGCAACAAGUCAGCGGUAAUAUUAGGAAUCUCCACAACAAGGUGUCAGGACAGCUAUCGAGUAACGCGGCCAAUCAUCACGCCAAACCAGAUUCCAAUGACGACUAUGUCAGCAUCGCGCACAGACUUGGAAAUGAGGAAAAUGAGCACUCUAUGAUGGCUGCGUUGUUUCCAGUCAAGUCACCGCAAUCUGUGUGUUCCCUGGCCGAGAGCGAAGAACCUUCAAAAUGGUCCAGACCUCUGCUCAUCAUGCAGUCGCCUCCUUCCGACAUUCCUCCCGGCGCAGCUCCCAACAUGCUCCUCUCCUCUGCCGAGCGCAAAAAAAAGCAGAAACAAAGGAGCAAGGCCGGCGGCGAGCACAUGGAGAAAAAUGCUUUGUACGACAUCGUGAGCUCCCCGAUGAAAGACUCCGCCAGGUUGACGUUAAAGCUGUCCCGAGUGAAGACGGAAAAGGAACAGUACAGAGACCAUUCUCCCAGGACGGAUGCGGAGCAGCAAGCGUACUUCACGAACAGUAAAAACAGCUCGCUGAACGACGGUCCGGUAUCGCCGUGUAAGUCCGCCACAGAGGAGCCGCCAAACUGUCAACAGGCGCAAUUCCAGUCAAAUGAGACCGCCGUCGUCUCCGCGGUGGUGCUGCUGGACGACGCCGAGGCCGACAUGGACUCUCUGGCGGAGAUCGAGAGGACCGAACGCGAGUCCAUCAGCGAGAGAGAGCGAUGGUCCAAGGAAGUCCAGGAUAAAGACAAACCACUGAAAAAACGCAAGCAAGACUCAUAUCCUCAGGAACCAGGAGUCGACGCGAGUGACGGUUUCGCCGUCCAAAGCGGCAACGCUGGCAACCAAAUGACACCCAAGAAGACAAAUCCAGCGAGCAACGGUUCCGGUCGCCCCGCUCUGAUGGUCAGCAUCGAUCUGCAGCAGGCUGGCCGAGGAUUACGGCAGCCUGUGGUCACGGUGGAGGCAAAGCAGACGUGCGAAGAGCACUGCAGUUCCGAGACAGAAGCAGAGAAUGACGAAGCCUGCCGACCGGCCAUGACCAAAGAACAGGUCGAUGAGUUUGGUAUGUCCAUCUUGGAUAGCCACCAGAAGGAAAAGAAGGAAAUUCACCGGGAUGGCAAACACAGAUCUGAGGCCGGCAAAUCAGACGUAAGGUGCGGAGACUUGCCGAGGCUGAAGCAGAACCGCGAUCCCGACUCUCAGCACAGGGAGGAAAAGAAUGUCAACAAUCACCGCCAGUCGGAGGCCCUUAAAACUUCCGGCAAGGCAGAAUGGAACACUGUUUGUCAUAACGAAGAUAAAAGCAGGGAGAAGAAGAGGACAAAAGAGCAGGACGUGGAAAAAGAUAGGAAUAAGGCCAAAGAUAGGGACAAUGACCAAGAUGUGAACAAGGAAAAAGAAAGAGAGAAGAUAAGGGAAAAGAUGAGAAAUAAAAACAAAAUCAGGCAAAAGGAUGCGGACAGAAAUAGGGAUAAAGAUCUAGACAGGGAGAAGGAGGUUUAUGGCGACAGAGUUCGAGAUCGGGAAAAGGACAAGGACAGAGAUAGGGAGAAGGAGAGAGAUCCAGACCAAGUUAGAGAUCGAGAGAAAGAUCAAGGCAGGGGUAGACAUCAAGAUAAAGAUCGGAUAAAAGAAAAGGAACGAGUCAGGGAGAAAGAUCGAUUGAAGGAGAAAGAGCGGGAUAAGGAUCCAGAUAGGGAGAAAGAUCGAUUAAAGGAGAAAGAGCGCGAUAAGGGGCGGGAUAAGGAACAAGAUGUGGAGAAAGCUCGAUUAAAGGAGAAGGAGCCUGAUAAAGAGAAAGAUCGAUUAAAGGAGAAGGAACACAAUAAAGAGCCUGACAAGGAGAAAUAUCGAUUUAAGGAGAAGGAGCAUAAUAAGGAGUGGGACAAGGAGAAAGAGCGAUUCAAGGAGAAGGAGCGGGAUAAGGAGAAAGAUCCAUUCAAGGAGAAGGAGCGGGAUAAGGAGAAAGAUCCAUUCAAGGAGAAGGAGCGGGAAAAGGAGAAAGAUCCCUUCAAGGAGAAAGAGCGGGAUAAGGAGAAAGAUCCAUUCAAAGAGAAGGAGCGGGAUAAGGAGAAAGAUCCAUUCAAGGAGAAGGAGCGGGAUAAGGAGAAAGAUCCAUUCAAGGAGAAGGAGCGGGAUAAGGAGAAAGAUCCAUUCAAGGAGAAGGAGCGGGACAAGGAAAAAGACAAAAUUAGGGAGAAAGAGCGCAAUAAGGAGAAAGGUCGGGAACGAGAGAUGGACGAUGGCAGGGAAAGAAUCAAGGAAAACAAGGUCAGGAAACACAAAGCGUCGAGAGAUAACAUGAACAAACGGGACCAGUAUCCAGAUGGGACGCCUAAACAGGAUAUGGAACACAAAAUCAGGCAAGAUGGCAGCAGACACUCCAGUGACCUCAGUGGUCUUGAAAGGACCGACAAAUCCAGUUUUCCAACCUCGCAAAAUAAAAAAGAGAGGAAAGGCGGCGAUGAAAGUAAAAAACUUUCCCUUGAGAGAAAAAAGAGUGAGUUCCCCCCAUACUUGCUGGGGGGAAACUCGGGAAUGCUGAAAAAUUUUGUAAUUCCCAAAGUAAAACGGGACGUGGUGGAUAAAGCUCCCGUGGUCUCGGGGGACCUGGUCGACGUCUGGAAAGAACCUCGCGUUCUGCUGGAGAGGAGGUCGCUGGUCGAAAACCUCAGCAGGGGCGCGAAACCAGUCGUGAUCCUGCGACGGCUGAACGUCGACGACAUACGAAGCAUCAAGAAGGAACUCAAGGAAGCCUACAGGGCCCGGAAGUUGUCUUCUAGUCACAAAUCGAGAGAGACCUCAUUAAGUGACAAGGCCAACAAACGGCGGCACAGUAUGAUCAGUAAAUCUCCCAAGUAUACCGCUGACUCUGAAGAAGAGGUGGAAGGAUCUAACGAUGACAACGGUCAGAACUCAGACAAUGAGGUCUUGAAGAAAAAGCGGAGGAAAGAUCAGGACAAGACGUGGAAGCGGGAGUCAAAAAAGGGGCGUCAACGUCAACCGGACUGGAGCUCGGAUGAAGGCGACGGCGAUUCACUGGCAAAUUUAAGCAACGUGGCCAGAAAAUUGAAGAAAAAACAUAAAGAGAGAAAGGCAUAUGAAAAGAUGCGACCCGAGGAUUUGAUGGACUCGUCCACAUUCAAGAGAUUCGCUGCUAGUGUGGACAACGUCCUGGAGAGUCUGGAGGACGUGGACCUCACUGCUGCAGAUGAUUACGGAGAUGAUGAAAUACCACAGGAGCUGUUGCUUGGAAAGCACCAGUUAAACGAGUUAGGGAGCGACUCGGCAAAGAUUAAAGAUAUGGGCAUCUUUUAUAAGUUUUCAUCGGGGAAAUUGGUGAAAUUUAUGAACAUCCUAGAGAAGAAUAUUCAGGACAGCGUGAAACUCUCCACAUUAAUGAACCAUGGUAACGACUCCAUGGACGAGGAGCGGCUGUGGCGUGACCUCAUCUUGGAGCGGGUGACCAAGUCGGCUGACGCCUGUUUGACCGUGCUCAACAUCAUGACAUCGCCGCGCGUGCCCAAGGUGGUUUUCAUCGAAGACGUCAUCGAGCGGGUGUUGCAGUACACCAAGUUCCACAUGCAAAACUCCUUGUACCCCCAGUACGACCCCACCUACAGGAUGGAUUCCCACAAAGGCGGUGGGCAUAAUUCCAAGGGCAAGAAAGCAAAAAGCUCUGGUCACAAACAGAAGACGGUGCUCCUGCUCUACAGCAAAGUGUGUGACAUAAUCAGCAGUCUUUCGGAGCUGGUGCAGAUCCAGCUGCUCACUGACACCACCAUUCUCCAGGUGUCCACGCUCGGUAUCACGCCGUUCUUUGUGGAAAAUGUCAGCGAGCUGCAGUUGUGUGCCAUUGCACUGGUGACCGCGGUGUUCUCCCGCUACAGGAAGCACAGGCAGCUCAUUCUCGAAGAGAUCUUCAACUCCAUGGCCAGGCUGCCGUCCAGUAAACGCAACCUGAGAAAUUUCAGAUUAAACAGCAGCAGUUCGGAUGGAGGUGGCAAACACAUUCAGAUGGUCACCGCCUUGGUGCUUCAGCUCAUCCAGUGUGUUGUGCAACUCCCCUCUGCAAAGGAUGGUGAAGAUGAACACAAUAAAAAGGUGGACAAGGACAUCCUCAUCACCAAUUCCUAUGAGACUGCUAUGAGGACGGCUCAGAACUUCCUGUCUGUGUUUCUCAAGAAGUGUGGGAGUAAGCAGGGAGAGGAUGACUACAGGCCUCUGUUUGAGAACUUUGUCCAUGACCUCCUAUCCACUGUCAACAAACCCGAGUGGCCUGCCGCCGAACUCCUGCUCAGUUUGCUGGGUCGGCUUUUGGUCCACCAGUUCAGUAACAAGCAGACGGAGAUGGCACUCCGGGUUGCGUCGCUGGACUACCUUGGCACCGUUGCUUCCCGCCUGCGCAAAGAUGCCGUGAAUAGCCAAAUGGACCAGAACGAUAUCGAUCGCAUCCUCAAAGAGUCUCCCGGUAACGAUGAGACGCAGCAACUCCAGAGGGCCCUGCUAGGGUACAUAGAGGAGAACAGUGAAAUUGACCCCUCUCUCGUGUUUGCCAGGGGUUUCUACAUCGCCCAGUGGUACAGGGACAUCACGAGCGAGGUGGAAAAGGCGAUAAAGUCGCACGAUGACGACGACGACCCGAGAGCUUCGUACGCCGCAAACGACGUCGACUCCACCGAGGAGAUUGUGCAAAGGGCUGAAUUGCGGAAAAAAUUCCUCCGCAAAGUCAUCAGAAACUCGCACACCAGGAUCAGCUCUGAAAUAAUAGACUACAAGGACUCUUGUCUGAUUGUCCGAUACCUGGCCUCUAUGAGGCCAUUCUCACAGAGCUUUGACAUUUAUUUAUCACAGAUCCUGAGAGUGCUCGGUGAGAGCGCCAUUGCUGUCCGAACUAAAGCCAUGAAGUGUCUCUCAGAGGUUGUGGCUGUGGACCCAAGCAUUCUAGCAAGGUCCGACAUGCAGCGCGGCGUUCACGGCCGCCUCAUGGACAACUCCACCAGCGUGCGAGAGGCAGCUGUGGAGCUCUUGGGACGCUUCGUCCUCAGUCGACCUGAGCUCAUCGAGCAGUACUACGACAUGCUCAUCGAGAGGAUAUUGGACACAGGUAUCAGCGUGAGGAAGCGAGUCAUCAAGAUCCUGAGAGAUAUUUGUCUGGAGCUGCCGGACUUCCACAAGAUUACCGAGAUGUGUGUCAAGAUGAUCCGACGGGUCAACGAUGAGGAGGGCAUUAAGAAACUGGUGAAUGAGACCUUCCAGAAAAUCUGGUUCACACCCACACCCAGUCAAGACAAAGAUGCCAUGAUCAGGAAAAUCCUGAACAUCACAGAUGUGGUGCUUGCGUGUAAAGAUACUGGCUACGAUUGGUUUGAGCAACUCCUCCAAAACCUUCUUAAAUCAGAAGAAGCUGCUUCCUACAAACCUGCUAAGAAGGCCUGCAGUCAACUGGUGGACAAUCUGGUGGAGCACAUAAUGAAAUACGAGGAGUCAAUUGCAGACUGUGAGGACAAAGGCGUCAACUCAGGUCGCCUCGUGGCGUGCGUCACCACGCUGUACCUGUUCAGCAAAAUCCGACCGCAGCUGAUGGUCAAACACGCCAUGACUAUGCAGCCCCACUUGACUACCAAGUAUAAUAAUCAGAACGACUUAAUGGUGAUUUGCAACGUCGCCAAGAUCCUAGAGCUGGUCGUGCCGCUGAUGGACAAUCCCAGUGAGAAUUUCCUCACCACCAUCGAAGAAGACCUCAUGAAACUCAUCGUCAAACACGGAAUGAUGGUCGUCCAGCACUGCGUAAGCUGUCUCGGCGCUGUGGUAAACAAGGUCACGCACAACUACAAGUUUGUUUGGGCUUGUUUCAACCGUUACUACGGCGCUCUGACCAAACUCAAGAUCCAGCACCAAGAGGACCCCAACAGUCCCACCUUGGUGACGAACAAGCCCACGCUGCUUCGCUCGCUGUUCACGGUCGGCGCUUUGUGUCGACACUUUGACUUUGACCAAGAGGAGUUCAAGGGGGCCAGCAAGCUCAUCAUUAAGGACAAAGUCUUGGAGCUUCUUCUGUACUUUACAACUCACAAAGAUGAGGAGGUCCAGGGCAAGGCCUUAAUCGGUUUAGGCUUCCAGUUCAUCAUGCAUCCAGAGCUAAUGUUUGUGGAGGAUGUGAAGAUUCUCUACAACACCACCCUGUCGGACGAGCACAGUCUGGUCAGUCUGAAGAUUCAGGUGCUUAAAAACCUGCAGACGUAUCUUCAGGAGGAGGACUCGCGAAUGCAAGAGGCCGACCGCGAAUGGAAGGAGAAGGCCAAGCAGGAGGAUUUGAAGGAGAUGGGUGAUAUCUCGUCAGGCAUGAGCAGCUCCAUCAUUCAGAUCUACCUGAAGCAGGUGCUGGACUCCUUCCUGCACACGCAGUCCAUGGUGCGGCACUUUGCUUUGAGCGUGAUCACGCUGACGCUCAGCCAGGGCCUCAUCCACCCUGUGCAGUGCGUUCCCUACCUGAUUGCCAUGGGGACUGACCCUGAGCCGACCAUGAAGAACAAGGCCGAUCAACAAGUGGUGGAGAUUGACAAGAAAUAUUGUGGCUUUAUCCACAUGAAGGCCGUAGCAGGGCUGAAGUUGUCCUAUCAGAUCCAGCGGGCCAUCGCCAGAUCGGCAGACGCCAUCCUCCGAGGCUUCCGUCACCACGACACCGACACGGCACUCUGCUCCCAUCUGUACACUUUGGUCCGGGGGAACCGACAACAUCGGCGAGCUUUCCUCAUUUCCCUGCUCAACAUGUUUGACGACAGCUCCCGAACGGAGGUGAACUUGCUGUUAUUUGUGGCGGACAACUUGGCCUGCUUCCCGUACCAGACGCAGGAAGAGCCUCUUUUCAUCAUGCACCACGUGGACAUCACUCUGUCCGUCUCCGGGAGCAACCUGCUGCAGUCUUUUAAAGAGUCGUUAAGAAAAGGGCCGGUGCCACGGCCGAAGCAGAUAAAAAAGAAGAAGAAGAAGAAAAAGAAGACAAAGCCUCGGAAGAUGCGAGACAGCUCCGACGACAGCGAGGAGAGCAGCAGCCGAUCCAGUAGCAGCAGCAGCAGCAGCACCAGCAGCAGCAGCAGCAGCAGUAGCAGCAGCAGCAGCAGCAGCAGCAGCAGCAGCGGCAGUGAGGAGGAGGAAGCGGGAAAGGUCCACGAGCAUUCGGACUCGGACGUGGACGACGAGGACGUGGUGAUGGCCCGCCUCCCCGAGGACCCGAAGCCUCUGCUGGACUUUUCCGUGGCGUCGCAGGGAAUCUUGCUGCUGCUCAUGCUCAAACAACAUUUGAAGAACCUGUACGGCUUCUCGGACAGCAAAAUCCAGAAGUAUUCGCCAACGGAGUCAGCCAAGGUGUACGACAAGACCGUGAACAGAAAAUCCAAGGUGCACUUCAACCCUCGCCAGACUCUGGAGUUCCUGAAAGUCGGCCUGUCCAGCACGGACAUCAGCUAUGAGACCAAAAAGGAUAUCGUCGGGCAGUAUUUACACUUCAAAGUGCUGAUGGAGCACCUGGACCGCGAAGAAGAGGAGGAGGAGGGCGAGGCCAGCGCCAACGCCAGAAACAAAGCAAUUACGUCGCUCCUCCAGGGGCCCAAACCCCGAAACCACAACCACAACAAUCACACGGCACCGCUUGAGUCCGGUGACGAGGAGAGCGAGGACGAAGACCCCCCGGCGCAGAAGUCAAGGCGAGGCGACGACGCGGCGGAGGAUUCCGGCCACAUGAACGAGAGCGUGGACGUAACGGACGUGGUGGCCAUCUGCUGCCCCAAAUACAAAGACAGGCCGCAGAUCGCCAGGGUGGUGCAGAAGACCAAAAGCGGCUACAGCGUGCACUGGAUGUCCGGCUCCUACUCCGGGCCCUGGGCUGUGGCCAAGAAACGGGACGGUCGCAAAAAGGUGCCUUGGUUGGACAACAUCAAGGAGUCGGACAUUAUUUAUAAGAAAAUCUCCUUAACGAGCGGACACAAGCUGACAAAUAAAGUGGCACAGACGUUACGGGCGCUAUACGCCGCCAAGGACGGGACUAAGCACUAGUUGCCACUCUGACGCGACGUCCCACGUGGAUCCAGAGACAUUCGAAGCUCUUUCUAUUUAAGGACCUAAUAGACCAAGUUGAAGUUUAACACACCAGAAGGAAAUGUUUGGGAAAACAUUGGGUGGGAGCUCCUUCGCUGUUGUGCAGCAACCCGGUUCAUUUUUACUCCCACUGACUGUAUUAUAGUUGAACUAAAAAAAAAAAACAAAAACAAAAAUAUGUUUAUAUCUGAAAAUAAUUCUGUAAAAAAAAAAGGAAAAAAAAGAAAAAGAAAGUGAAUGUUGGAAAUUAGUGUAUUGACGUUCUUAAUAAAGUGUUUUUUGGACUUUAAAAAAAAGCCUC